AUGCUUCUCCAUUGUCACACUGUGCCAAUCAUUCUCCUCGUGUUUUGUGCAGUGUUGCGAGUAGUGCUACCAACGGAAGCAAUCGACGGCACCGAUUGCUCACUGGAAGACCGAAUCGAUCUGACAAACGGUACGAUGGAGCCCGGCAACGGUACGAUACAGUACGCCGGAGGACUGUACGAUCAGGAACACUACUUCGAGAAUCAGGAGCAACGCUACAGCUGCGUUUGCAAGUGGCGCGUCUGCAUCUACGUCUGUUGCUAUCACAUCGAUGCCGAUCGCUGCGAGUUGGCGCAACUUCCGCUUAACGUCUCGGUACGAACAGCCACCGGUUCGCGUGUGCGUGAACAGGUGAACCUGAAGCAGAGUGCCAGGUACUGGUUGAUCUAUGCGCGGCCACCAGCCUGGAACAGCACGGCCGGGUAUGUUAUGCGCUUAUUUGGCUACGAAGCGGAACUGCACGAGGAUGGUAGCCUGGCGUACGGAUCGAACGUUUAUGCUAGCAAAACGUACUGUGUAAAUCCAGGAUCCGAUCCUAUACCCUUUGUUUGGUUCCUGGAGCAGAACGAUCAGGUGGAUGUACACCACUGGCAUUCGCUCGGCAUGAUCAUUUCGGUGCCAUUUCUGAUUGCCACACUAAUCGUCUACAUCCUGAUACCGGAUCUUCGCAACAUCCCUGGCAAGUCACUGAUGUGCUACGUCCUCGCGCUAACGAGCAGCUAUGUUACUUUGGUCGUGAUCAAGCGCAGCGUGAUCAUCAUGCCCGAUUGGUGCCAGUUGGUUGGUUAUCUGUGCUACUACUCGCUCAUGUCCAGCUUCUUCUGGUUGAAUGUGAUGGCAUUCGACAUCUUCUGGACGUUCGGGGGCCGGCGUCGCUCAACGACGGAUCGGGGCAAGUUCUUGCUGUACUGUUGCUAUGCUUAUGGUGUGCCAAUGACAUUCCUCGCUGGUGCACUAGUGGCGGACAAAACGGAACUGCUACCGACAACGAUUCGACCCGGGUUCGGUGAUGGUCAGUGUCUAUUCAAAGCGGAACAAUUUGUGUCUCUCGUGUACCUGUACCUACCGCUCGCGCUGGUCGUCAGUACGAAUCUGUUCUUCUUCAUCAGCACCGCCUCAAAGAUCAGUCUGAUCGAGCGUAAUACAGCAGCCGCGUUGAGGGGUGACUCAGGGCGCCACAGCCGGUUUACCAAUGAACGCAAUCGCUACGGUUUAUACGUCCGGUUGUUUGUGGUGAUGGGUGUUACUUGGAUGUUCGAGCUGAUCAGCUGGGUUGCCGAUACGCACCACUGGUGGGUGUAUGUGACCGACAUCUGUAACUGUAGCAGCGGUGUGUUCAUCUUCUUUCUGUUCGUGUGGAAGCGCAAAGUGCUGAUGUUGCUGCAAGAGAGGCUUAACGGCAAGAAGGUGAGAAGUCAAGCGCAGCCUCUGUUCUCCAUGACGGCCACCAGGACGACCGCGCUUACUCAGACACAGGGACAACCGAUGGCGGACAAAACGGAACUGCUACCGACAACGAUUCGACCCGGGUUCGGUGAUGGUCAGUGUCUAUUCAAAGCGGAACAAUUUGUGUCUCUCGUGUACCUGUACCUACCGCUCGCGCUGGUCGUCAGUACGAAUCUGUUGUUCUUCAUCAGCACCGCCUCAAAGAUCAGUCUGAUCGAGCGUAAUACAGCAGCCGCGUUGAGGGGUGACUCAGGGCGCCACAGCCGGUUUACCAAUGAACGCAAUCGCUACGGUUUGUACGUCCGGUUGUUUGUGGUGAUGGGUGUUACUUGGAUGUUCGAGCUGAUCAGCUGGGUUGCCGAUACGCACCACUGGUGGGUGUAUGUGACCGACAUCUGUAACUGUAGCAGCGGUGUGUUCAUCUUCUUUCUGUUCGUGUGGAAGCGCAAAGUGCUGAUGUUGCUGCAAGAGAGGCUUAACGGCAAGAAGGUGAGAAGUCAAGCGCAGCCUCUGUUCUCCAUGACGGCCACCAGGACGACCGCGCUUACUCAGACACAGGGACAACCGAGUCCUUCGAGGUUAGACACCGGGAGUUUCUAG